CAACUACCCCCUCCCUCCCUCUCAAGUCUCAACUGUCGCUUACUCUCUAUAUAGGCACACCUACCUAUACAAGAAAUGUAGCUCAAGAACUGCUCUUACCCAGAUUCCAAAUCGGAUUCCUUUUUGUGUGUUUAUACUAGAAUGUCUGGGUGUGGAGGAUUCUCUGGAUUCUGAAAGGUCAUAACUUCUUUUCCUGCUCAAAACCCCCCCAUCAGAUACUGCUAGUAGCUCAUUGCACACAAUGGGAGUGAUUAAGCUAACCAGUGGAAUAUCUUCUGGAAUUACUGGAAAACAAUUUGGUAGGAGAGAAGCUAAGAAAACCUUAUUUGUUAAGACCUUUCCAUGGAAUGCUAAUCGGGUUCAUCGUCCUGGAACAAGCCUUAGGAAAGGGUUGAGAUUUGACGGGAUUAAAAAUUGUGGGUUACUAAAUGAUGGACAGGCUCUGGAGUAUGAGUUAAGUUCUUCUGAAUUGGAGGAGGAGUUUGCUUCAACCAGAGAGAGAUUCAUCGGUGGAUCAAACGAAGGAGCUAUUGCAUUGUCAGGUAACUCCAUUGAAGAACCAUCGGUUGCGAGUGUCCAAACUGAGCUCAUAAUGCUUUCUUUACCUGCUAUUGCUGGACAGGCAAUUGAACCUUUGGCACAGCUUAUGGAAACAGCUUAUAUUGGAAGGAUGGGUGCAAUCGAGUUGGCUUCGGCUGGCAUUUCAAUCUCAAUAUUUAACAUCAUAUCAAAGGUGUUCAACAUCCCUCUCCUAAGUGUGGCAACUUCUUUCGUUGCUGAAGACAUCGCUAAAUCUGCAGAUGGGGAUUCUGCUGCAGCGGGAAGGAAACCCCUCCCAUCAGUCUCCACUGCCUUGGUGUUAUCGUUUGGAAUUGGUUUGUUGGAGGCCGCAGCAAUGUAUUUUGGCUCUGGAGUUUUUAUAAGCAUGAUGGGUAUUCCAACAUCUUCACCCAUGCGAAUUCCAGCAGAGAAUUUUCUUAAACUUAGAGCACUUGGUGCUCCGGCUGUUGUACUUUAUCUAGCCAUCCAAGGCAUUUUCCGCGGUUUUAAGGAUACAAGGACCCCUGUAUUAUGUUUAGGGUUAGGAAAUCUUGCAGCGGUAUUUUUCUUUCCUAUCUUUAUGUAUAUUUGUCGACUUGGCAUAGCUGGUGCGGCUAUUUCAACCGUUGCCUCACAAUACAUUGUAGCCAUUUUGAUGUUAUGGUAUCUUAGUAAGAAGACGGUGUUGUUGCUUCCAAGCAUGAAAACCAUGGAUUUUGGAGCCUACUUAAAAUCUGGUGGUUUCCUCCUCGGGAGAACCCUGGCCGCUGUUUUGACAGUGACUUUGAGCACAUCAAUGGCAGCUCGUCUAGGAGCAAUUCCCAUGGCCGCUCACCAGAUAUGCUUGCAGGUCUGGUUGUCUGCAUCGCUUCUGGCAGAUGCUCAAGCUGCAUCUUGUCAGGCUCUCAUUGCGGGUUCAUUCGCCAAACGGGAUUUCACGAGACUCCGAGUCAUUACCCAAGUGGCAUUGAAGUCGGGAUUGUUUACUGGCGUUUUCUUAGCGAUUGCAUUGGGACUGUCCUUUCCUUCUCUCGCAAAGUUGUUCACCAAUGAUGCCCAAGUGCUAGAUAUUGCUCUAUCUGGUCUACUGUUUGUCAGUGCCAGCCAGCCUAUUAAUGCUCUCGCUUACAUUUUUGAUGGGCUUCACUACGGUGUUUCAGACUUCCCAUAUGCGGCUUCUUCCAUGAUGAUAGUCGGGGUUAUUGCAUCAGCAUUCUUGCUUUAUGCACCGCCAAUCAUUGGUCUCCCCGCGGUUUGGUCUGGAUUGACUAUUUUCAUGGGUUUGCGUACAAUUACUGGAUUCAUGAGAUUGUCUGCAAAAGACGGCCCGUGGUGGUUCUUACAGGAUUCACAAAAGGAAGAGAUUGAGAUAUGACACGAGACAAAGAUGAGUUCUGGUGGUACACUUGAAAUGAGCAUUUUGGUUGGCUUUUUAGUUUUGGCAAAAAAAUGUAUCCAUAGAACAUCAAAUUUUAGAUAGUUGUAGCAUGUCCAAGGAGCCAACCAAUCCAUGGCAUUUUAUGUUCAUAUUAGUAUUUGUAAUAUUAAUAAUUUGUGGUUGAAAAUAAUACUCUGUACUCGAUUUUGAGUAUAACUUAUUUCUACCCGAUAUUUAGGACA